AUGGUCACAGUUUUUGAUGAUGAAGAAGAAAGCAAAUUGACCUAUACAGAGAUUCACCAGGAAUAUAAAGAACUAGUUGAAAAAUUGUUAGAAGGUUACCUCAAAGAAAUUGGAAUUAACGAAGAUCAGUUUCAGGAAGCAUGCACUUCUCCUCUUGCAAAGACUCGAACAUCACAGGCCAUUUUGCAACCUGUGUUGGUGGCAGAAGAUUUUACCAUCUUUAAAACGAUGAUGGUCCAGAAAAACAUUGAAAUGCAGCUGCAGGCCAUUCGAAUCAUUCAAGAGAGAAAUGGUGUGUUACCUGACUGCUUAACUGAUGGCUCUGAUGUGGUCAGUGACCUUGAGCAGGAAGAGAUGAAAAUCCUGAGGGAAGUUCUUAGAAAAUCCAAAGAAGAAUAUGAGUUGGAAGAAGAAAGGAAGAGAAAAAAACAGCUAUUGGAGGCUAAAACAGAAGCAGCCCGGGGGUACACUGACGAAGCUGCAGGUGGGAGUGAGUCCCAAGGCGACGGCGAGUGUGUGGCACAGCCUUCCUCAGUUAAGGCGCAUUUUGAUAAUCCGUUGCCACAACCCUUGGCAAGAAAGACAAAAAUGUUGCCUGAAACUUCCUCCUUCUCACAAAAAGGCCUGAUGACUCCUGGCUUAGAACAUACACGCAUUGAAGGACCAAUAGCAAAUUUGUCAGCACUUGGAACGGAAGAGCUGCGACAACGAGAACAGUAUCUCAAGCAGAAGAGAGAUAAGUUGAUGUCCAUGAGAAAGGAUGUAAGGACUAAGCAGAUCCAAACUCCAGAGGAAAAAGGAAAAUCCCCUGGAGAGGUGGAGGAAAUGACAGAGAAGCCUGAAAUGACAGCAGAGGAGAGGCAGACAUUACUAAAGAGGCGAAUGCUUGCAGAGAAACUUAAAGAAGUUAUUAAUAAGUAAUUUAAAACAACUUAGCAAACAGAA